AUGGCAUCCCUCGUCCUUCUCCUGGCACUUGCCGCCUUGGCCUAUGCUCAGCCAGGUAUUUUUAAUCAACUUAUAAAUGGCUGCUUUUGUCUUUUAAUAAUUUUCCACCUAUUCAAGGCAAUUCAGAGACUAUUUUGGUCCUUGGUGCAAAAAAGCAAUUCUCAUUUUCAAGUUUUGCUGGAUCUUCGAACUUCCUACUUCUUUGAAAUUUCCCUCACUCUUAACCAAAAAGUUUUUUAACGAUGAGUACCAAACAGACCGAUUUUUUCAAAAGUCACUUGCCAAACUCAUUAAAAAAAUGUACCUUGGCGCUUGAAAACUCGAAAAUUCUCGAAUUCUUAGAAACUUCAAAGUGAAAACUCCCAAAAUGUCACUGAAGUAAGUUCAUAAUGGCUUAUUUUGGAAGUUUUUUGCAAUGUUAUGAUCAAAAAAAAAACCUUUUUUUUAUGUUUCAAAAUUAAAUUAAAAUUUCCGCUGAACUGAAGAACAAACUACAAAUAGUGGAAAAUUCAUUGUCCCAACUUUUCCAGGGCCCAAAAUGAUCGAUGAAUCUACUCGGUGGUCACAGUGCAGAGACGCCAAUCAAUCCAUUUAUGACUUCCAGGUAACCUUUAUGUUUUUAUUUUCCUUUCUUUGCGUUUUCCCUAUCAGACACCCCAAAAAUAACCUUAUUUUAUCAUUGUUUCAGGUUGAAACUUUGCAAGGUGAAUACACCGACCUGAGACAGUACAAAGGACAAGUUCUGCUCGUCAUCAACGUUGCCACUUUUUGCGGUUCGAUCCUUUCUUUUUUCUCAAUCAAAAAACUUCACUUUCUUCUGGGCGUCGGCCAUUUUUUCAUUCUCCGCCCUACUUUUGAUUAGGUCAACCCUUAUCUCAUCAAUCAACUGUUUGAACCACCAAACCACAAAGAACACGAGAAAAAAAAAUUGGAAACUUUCAAGAUGGUUUUUUGAGGACCGGUUUUUUUUUUCAAAUGCCAUCAAAACAGUGGCGUGUUUACACAGAAAAAAAGAAAAGAAAAGAAGAAAAAGUGGAAGAAUGGAAGAUUUGCAGCGUACACGCAGCAGUACACCGACUUCAACGGAAUUAUCGACAAAUACCAGUCGCAGGGCUUCACAAUUCUCGCCUUCCCAUGCAAUCAGUUCUACCUCCAGGUGAGAAAACAAAAAUUCAUCAAAAUAGGAGUGAAAUUUGAAUCAAAAUACAAAAAUCAAGCAAUAAAUUGAGCUAUUUUCGGCCCUAGUUGAAAUUUUAGGAGUCCUAUAAACUUUGAAACGCUAUGAAACUUUUUUUUCAAGCUUUUUUUUCAUGAAAAGUGGAUAACAAAUCGAUAUAAUUCUUUCCGUCAGAAAAGCUGGAAGAAUCUUUUCUAUUUCAGAAGAGGUGACGUUUUCUUUUAAAAUCGAAUUUUUCAUAGGCCUAUUUAGAAAAAGAUUCAUGCUGAAAGAUCAAUUGAAAUUUUCUUUAAGUCUUAAAAAGCCAAAUUGAAUAUUUUUAAAAACUCCUUCCAUCCUAGAAAAAAAAGUCCAAAACUGCCUAAUUUUUGAAUUGAUUCGCAGGAGCCAGCUGAGAAUCACGAACUGAUGAACGGCAUCACCUAUGUCCGCCCUGGAAACGGCUGGAAGCCGCACCAGAACCUCCACAUCUACGGAAAGCUCGAGGUCAACGGCGAGGCCCACCACCCUCUCUACGAGUUCCUCAAGGUUUGAUUUCUGGUCUUUCUUCUUUAUUUUCCCUGCAAGACCUUGAAGUUUGAGAAUAACAAUUGUAAAUCUUUCGCUUCUCAAGGUUGAAAAAAACGUUUCGUCUCUAUUGAAAUUGAAAAAUCCGAUCACGAGGUUUUCUCAAAUUGCCGUGGCAUUGAACGAAUUCAACAAUAUAUGAAAACCCCACUUGAAAAACACCUCAGACCAAAAAAAUUGGGAGCAAUUGAAGUUUUCCCAAGGCGCAAUUUUGAAAAAAAAAAAUGUGAUGAAAUUUCACUUCAAAUCAGGUUUUACCAAAAAUCAAAACGAAAAACUGUAGCUUUGGGACGUUUUUUGAGCACUUUUGAUAAAGAAUUAACUGUCCGAAAAGACCAAAAAGGACUGUAAAUGAAUUCAAACAUUUUUCUUUCUUGAAAAACUGUUCUGAAUAUUGUCCCAACCCUGACUUUGAUAAUUUGGUGAAAUUUGCGAGAUUUUUGUCUUUUUUCAUAAAGUUUCACUCUACUCUGCAGGAUCUAGGUACAAAAAGUAUUUACUGGAGGAAUAUACACAUACUUUUCAGUUUUCAUAAAUUGCUGCUUUCAAGUAAAAUGUGGAAGAUAAAGGCUAAGUGACUAUAAUGAACAAUUUCCAGGAAACUUGCCCUCAGACGAUCGACAAAAUCGGCAAGACUGACGAGCUCAUGUACAACCCGGUCCGCGCCUCCGACAUCACCUGGAACUUUGAGAAGUUCCUGAUCGACCGCAACGGUCAGCCACGAUUCCGCUUCCACCCGACCGCCUGGAGCCACGGCGACACCGUCACUCCCUUCAUCGAGCAACUCCUCGCUGAGCCCGUCAACCGCUCCGCUUAA